AUGUCUUCUCCUACUAAAGAAGAAAGUGAUACAGCUGAUAAUAUUCUCAAACAUUCAGAAGAUGGGGCUCCAGAUGACUUUAGUGUGGAUGGAGAGCCUGCAUUUGCUGAAUCAGAUAUGAUUGCUCAGGUUGAAAGCAACCCAGUGGAUCUGGAGCUAGACACAGCAAAUGAGCCGGAGCAUGCUGCUCUUCAACCCACAGAAAACAAGGAGCUCAAAGUAGAGAAGAACGAAGAGGAACCUCAAGAAGAUUUAAAACAAGAUUCCCAUCUAGUAGAGAGUCACAUCCCUGGUAAAGAGGCCUUUGCUAUGUCAGGGUUAGGGAGAGUUACCCCUCUGAAUACACCACUAGCCAAUGUGAAUGAAACUAAUCGGAUAACUCCCUCACCCAAUAGACCAAGUGUCAACUCAGGAAACAUUCAGGGGAAAACUGGAAAGAUUUAUUAUGUCAACAUAAGUUACAAAAUCCCUUUCCGGUUCUCACUUUCUUGGAGAAUACCAUUUACUAAUAUUCAUGAGAGGCGAAGGAUGUUCCUUCGCAUGGUGUGUGAGGGGUAUUUCUCUCACAUUUUAGGCCAUCGUAAUACCAGGCAAGCAAAGCCAAGAUUUAGAGCACUUCUCAUAGACUCCAAUACUUCCAGGAAUGGUGAGAGAGCCACAACAUUUAGAAGACCCCUGAGGGUGCGCUUCUGCAAUGGCCUCUGGGAGAGAAAUGCAAGCAAAAAAAUAUCCACAUCGCCUGAUGCUGACAAGGAGAAAUUUGCACAGACCAAAUUUGAAAACGCACUUCAUCACAAAGUUUCUGAGCAUGAUUUGAGGGUGAUGAUCACCCUAACUGACGACGGUUGGAAAUACGUCUGUCCCAUUUGCGGGAGCACUUUUGACAGUGUAGUUGAACUGAGAAUCCACUCCUGCAGCUUUCUGGAGGACUAA